AUGAGCAAGCCCAAGCCAGCGAGCACUUCCAGUGCAGAGUCUGAAAAAAUGGCAAAGGGUGGCAACGCGGACAGCUUGUUUGCGCUCCAGAAAGAUCUUCACAAUCAGCUCAACCAACUCCAAGUAAACUUCAAGAAGGACAGCACGUCUCGGAAAACCAAGCCCUAUUUCCAACUGCGCCUUUCCAAACUCAACUUAAUAAGCCAGCAAUUCAACAAGAAUCAUCAAGAGUUUGUAAGCGCUGGCUACCCCACACACCCUUACUUCGUCGAUAAUUUAGCGGACCAGUUCGAAGAGGAAUUUAUCACAGCUUUCUGUUUAAUAUCUACGGAGUCCGAAACACUUUUCCCCAGUCAGCUACCAGCGUGCGCCGAGCAACAAGCGACGCCUGUUCCUAAAAUGCUCGGCCCUGGUGCGGCAGUCCAACUUCCAAAGUUGCCAGUACCUAACUUUUCCGGAAAGUAUACAGAUUGGCCAGCUUUCCAUGAUCUGUUUAUGCAACUCAUUCACCAGAACCAGGCGUUGACAAAUAUUCAGCGAUUCCAUUUCCGUAAGCAAGCACUACCUAAAGAGCAGGACCAAGAUGUACACCAAAUGGAACUAACGGAUGGCGCCUACACUAUCGCAUGGGAUCUCAUCAUCAAACGCUAUGAUAACCCCCGUUUACAAUUCAUGCACCACAUAAACGCUCUCUACGACUUACCCUUUAUCUCAAGGGAAAGCUCAUCAGAGAUCAAACAUAUGCUGAACGUAACUAACGUAUGCAUCAACGAGUUCAAUCGUCUCAAAACGAAUAUCCAUUCUAGCACGCAAUGGAUAGUCCAUCAUUUGAUCGCUAGACUACCUACGACAACUGUACAAGCCUGGGAGCAUUACUUGGGAAACUCCAGCGACAUUCCGAGUUUCCUCGACUUGGAAACCUUCCUCAGCAAUCGCCUCGUCAGCAUGAACAUCAUUGAGAACCGGAAAUUUUCACAGCCCACGCACAACUCUACGAUCAACAAAUCGACAAAUUAUCCACGCCAAAAUCCCAAGCAAAAGGGUUCCGGCUUCUACAAGGGCGUUCCACACCACGACUGGAACCAGCGGUCCCAUCUCUGGCGUAAACUCAUCCAUCAUCCCUUGUCGCAGUGUGGCAGUAACAAGAAUUGUUUACAAUGCGGACAGCGUCACCAUACCCUGCUUCACUUCCCCACGACGUAUACCAGCUCAUCACCGAUUAUUCAGAACGCAGCAAGCGAGAGCUCCGAUCCUGCUCAUCCUUCUGAUUCCACUACAGUGCUGAUGGCCACUGCCGCGCAGUCAACUCGAUCCAUUUUGCUGGCCACAGCUCUAGUACAACUACAUAAUAACAGCACCGGACAAACUGCCGUUAUUCGAGCCUUGAUCGAUCAUGGCUCUGAGGGCACGUUAAUCACAGAACGUGUCGCUCAGUUACUGGGACUUCCAUGUCACCGAGUCACAGCACAGAUUACCGGGAUCGGUGAUAACUCAAAGAACAUCUGUAGAUUUAGUACAGAGUUCUCCAUAAGCUCAUGUACGGACCCUCAAUUUCACCAUUUGGUGCGACCAGCGUAUGUCCUCAACUCGAUAACCUCUCAUUUACCAAGAAGCAAUGUCAACGUGGACACUUGUCAGCAUCUUCAGGGAUUACACUUGGCCGAUCCCACCUUUUCCAGGCCAGGCCACAUCGACUCGUUAUUUGGAGUAGAUCUAAUACCAUAUUUGUUGCUGCCAGAUUUACGGAAAGGAGCUUCAAAUCAACCUAUUGCUCAACUCACUCAAUUGGGUUGGAUCGUGUUUGGCCAUAGCAAUGAAACAAGGGUAAAUGUGGUAACCAUUCGUUGCCAUCAGACUAAUCUGGAUGCACUGGUAAAGGGUUUCUUUGAUCUCGAUCAAAUCAGCUCUGAGAGGACCUUAACAGCAGAAGAACAAUGGUGUGAGGAUCAUUUCCAGCGUACCUGCACCCGACAACCCAAUGGAAAAUACCUGGUCCGACUUCCGUUAAAACCUGAAUUUGAUAAGGACAAGUCAUCGGAAAGUCUCACCAAAUAG